AUGCUUCCAAUGCUCCCUGUUCAGGCGUCUGUCGAAGAUGUCAAGCUCCUCCCAGCACCUCCGAUGGGAUUCAACAAUUGGGCUCGGUUUGAGUGUGAUCUCAACGAGACGUUGUUUACUGAGACUGCCAAGUCGAUGGUCAGCCGUGGUCUUCUGGAUGCGGGUUAUAAUCGUCUCAAUCAUGAUGAUUGCUGGAUGGCCCAUGACCGCGCUGCGGACGGAUCCUUGCAGUGGAACUCCACCUUGUUCCCAAAGGGUAUUCCUUGGCUGGCCAAGUUCGCCAAGCAACAUGGCUUCCACCUUGGCGUCUAUGAAGACUCGGGCAAUGCCACUUGUGGUGGGUAUCCAGGUUCUUAUGGAUACGAGAAGCAGGAUACCGAUACAUUUGCAGACUGGGGCAUUGACUACCUCAAGCUGGACGGAUGCAAUGUCUUCGCUGAGGAUGGUCGCUCCGAUGCAGAGGAGUAUCGCGUUCGCUACCUGCAGUGGCACAACAUCCUGAGCGGCAUGGAGGAUCCAUUGAUCUUCUCCGAGUCUGCGCCAGCCUACUUCUGA